CCUAAAGCAUGAUUAUAAUAAAAAAUAUAGAAUCUGCAGACCUGGCUGCUCCUCAGAAAGGGCACAGGGUCGCACAGGUCCUCUGGGGGCUCCUCCUCGCAUUGUCUGUGUUUAUCUAUGGCUCCUACGCCCCAUUGAUUACCCUGUGCAAAGUCGACAACAAGAUCCCAUUUAGCUUCUCAUCCUGUGUCGUCCUAAUAGAAGUGGCCAAGUUUAUAGUCACGCUGGGGCUACUAUUUCUCAGAGAUCAGCACUCCUUGCACAUUGCAGUUUCCUGGAGACAUAUUGUUCCGUACGCGCUCCCAGCCUUGCUCUACGCCGUCAACAAUAACUUGGUGGUUUUCAUGCAGGUCCACAUGGACCCCAGCAACUUCCACAUGCUGAGCAACUUGAAGAUUGCCUCCACAGCCCUCCUUUGUACCACUGUCUUGCAAAAAUGGCUUAAUCGCAGGAAAUGUUUGUCGCUGGCAUUGCUGAUGGCAGCAGGGGUAUGCCACACAUACAGCAGCAUGGGCACACCCAAGCAGAAGGUGGGUGGAGCCAUACAUGAAACACAGUUUCACAUCACUGCCCUGGGCCUACUACUGUUGCUUGUAUACUGUAUUGUGUCUGGAUUGGCUGCUGUCUACACAGAGCUCAUCCUUAAGACUCAGAGACUGCCUCUGAACCUGCAGAACCUCCUCCUCUAUUUCUUUGGUAUUGUAGUGAACUGGGGCGCCCACCUCGCCAGUGCUGAGGGCAGCAGUGGCUUUUUCAAUGGUUACUCAUGGUGGGUGGGGGUGAUCGUGGUUACCCAAGCUCUGAACGGGUUGCUCAUGUCUGUCGUCAUGAAGCACAGCAGCAACAUCACCCAUCUGUUUGUCAUCUCCUGCUCCAUGCUGGUCAAUGCUGUUUACUCUGUUGUGUUGUUUAGUCUGCAGCUUACUGCACUCUUCUUUGUUUCUGUUUUCCUUAUUGCAGUGGCCAUUCACUCAUACUACCAUGUGUAAAAUGUAUGGGUUACGGUAUUAUUCCUUUUGAACAGUAAGGACAUUAUUUAUUUUGUAUUGGAUUUGGUCCCUAGGGAAUAAAUAGUGAGCAUCUGGUUAGUCUGCUGGUUCAUAUUUUGAGCUACAUCAAGACCACUAAGGGCAACACACACUUGACCACCGUUUGGCCAGUCAACUUCUCAACAGAAACCACUGAUAGCCACACGUUGCUAUAACUGAAUGUCUGAAAAAGUUAAGGACAACUGGACAGUUGUGAUGCAGACAAUUGACUGAAAUGUAAGCUGCAUUUUUCAUUAUUAUUGUUUCUGUUGAUUGUUUUUUGGGGCUUUACCCAUCAUGUGUGUAUAUUUUGCUGUGAAACUUGCAUGGGUCUUCUUUUGUUCCAUAUAAAUUUCCACACUUCAUUGAUGCGUUGCAGCUCUUACAAAAUGUUACUUUCUGCCAGCUACCAUUUACCAAUAGCAAGUAUAAAUUGUGCUGUUCUGUUUGCAAAUUGACCAUAGGAGCUGUUUAAUUUGCUCUGAAGUGAGACAGGAAUCUCUGGGACAUUGUGAAAUGUCCAUUGCGCUCAUACACAUGCCAG